CCCGGGGCGGCUCCCGCUCAUCCCGGGCCGCUGCCGGCGCCGCGCCUCAGGCGGGCGGGGAGCGGGGCCUGUGAGGGGCCGAGCGGGGCCGGGUCCGCGCUGUGAGGGGCCGUGAGGGGCCGCCGCCACCCCCGCAGGAUGGCCGGCAGCCAGUGGGACUUCCCGGUGGAGCUGUGCUGCCGCCCCAUGGCCUUCGUGACGCUGACGGGCCUGGACGUGGUGUACAACGCCGUGCACCGCGCCGUCUGGGACGCCUUCUGCGCCAACCGCCGCGCCGACCGCGUGCCCAUCUCCUUCAAGGUGCUGCCCGGCGACCACGAGUACCCCAAGUGCCGCACCAAGAGGACCUCCUACGAGUGGUACAUUCCCAAAGGCAUCCUGAAGACCGGCUGGAUGAACAAGCACCUCAACCUGGUCCCCGCGCUGGUGGUGGUGUUCUACGAGCUGGACUGGGACGAGCCGCAGUGGAAGGAGAAGCAGUCGGAGUGUGCCACUCGGGUGGAGAUCGUCAGGCAAAGUUUGCAGGGAAGAAAUACAAAAGUCGCCGUGGUUUUGAUACAGAAAAAAACACCGCUACCUCCAGGGGAAGAUGUUAUUGCGUCGGAGAGGGCAGCAGCUUUAUGUAACGCUUGUGACCUUUCUGGAAAAUCUCUCUUUGUGCUUCCACACACGGAUCAUCUUGUUGGUUAUAUUAUAAGGUUGGAAAAUGCAUUCUAUGAGCACGCACAGACGUACUAUUACACAGAAAUACGAAGAGUCAAAUCUCACAAGGAAUUUUUGAAUAAAACUACUCAUCAGCUUUUGUUUGUUAGACACCAGUUCAAAAUAGCAUUCUUCAGUGAGCUGAAACAGGACACGCAGAACGCUCUCAAAAACUACAGAACUGCGUAUAAUCUUGUACAUGAAUUGAGAGCUCAUGAAACAAACAUGCUGGAAAUCAAGACAAUGGCAGGAUUUAUAAACUACAAGAUCUGUCGCCUCUGUUUUCAACACAAUACUCCACUGGAUGCAAUUGCUCAGUUCAGGAAACAUAUAGACUUAUGCAAGAAAAAAAUAGGAAGUGCAGAACUGGCUUUCGAACAUGCUGCCUGGAUGUCUAAACAGUUUCAGGCUUUUGGUGACUUGUUUGAUGAAGCGAUUAAGCUGGGUUUGACAGCAAUUCAAACUCAGAAUCCAGGUUUCUAUUACCAGCAAGCAGCCUACUAUGCACAGGAGCGGAAACAACUAGCAAGUAUGCUUUGUAACCAUGAUUCGUCUGUGGUAUAUCCCAAUCCGGAUCCCCUGGAAACCCAGACCGGAGUGCUUGACUUCUAUGGGCAAAGACCAUGGCGGCAGGGAACAUUAAGCUUUGAUCUUUCUGAUCCUGAAAAGGAGAAGAUGGGGAUUUUGUCCCUUCAGUUGAAAGAGAAGAAUGUUCUUCACUCAGAGCUAAUAAUUACUUUGUUGAGUAAUGCUGUUGCGCAGUUCAAGAAAUACAAAUGUCCAAGAAUGAAAAGCCAUCUGAUGGUUCAAAUGGGUGAAGAAUAUUACUUUGCGAAGGAUUACGCCAAAGCUUUGAAGCUGUUGGAUUAUGUUAUGUGUGAAUAUCGGAGUGAAGGAUGGUGGACUCUUCUCACUUCCAUAUUGACGACGGCUCUCAAGUGUUCAUAUCUGAUGGCCCAGAUAAAGGAUUAUAUUACAUACUCCUUAGAGCUACUGGGUAGAGCAUCUACUCUUAAAGAUGAUCAGAAAUCUCGAAUAGAAAAAAAUCUGAUAAAAGUUCUAAUGAAUGAGAGCCCCGAUCCUGAGCCUGAUUGUGAUGCUACUGCUGUGAAAGCUUCACAAAAAUUGUGGGCUGACCGUGUUUCCUUAGCAGGUAGCAAUGUAUUUACAAUAGAAGUCCAAGAUUUUAUACCAUUUGUGCAGUGCAAAGCAAAAUUUCUUUCUCCAAGUUUUCAUGUUGAUGUUCCUGUGCAAUUUGAUAUAUACUUGAGAGCUGAUUGUCCUCAUCCUAUCAGGUUUUCUAAGCUGUGCAUCAGUUUCAAUAAUCAGGAUUACAACCAAUACUGUGUGGUAGAAGAAGCCUAUCAACAAAGUGAUAUUCUAGAACAGUCAUCACAAGGAACAAUGUGCUUAGUCCCUGGUAAAACAAGAAAGUUCACUUUCAAAUUUGUUGCAAAAACUGAAGAUGUAGGAAAGAAGAUUGAGAUCACAUCUGUGGAUUUGGUCCUGGGAAGUGAAUCUGGCCGUUGUGUGAUUCUGAACUGGCGUGGAGGAGGUGGAGAUGCUGCUUCCACUCAGGAAGCGUUGCAGGCCUCACGUUCCUUCAGGCGAAGACCUAAGCUUCCAGAUAAUGAAGUUCAUUGGGAUAGCUUGGCUAUUCAGGCAAGCACUAUGAUUAUUUCUAGAGUGCCAAACAUUUCUGUUCAGCUCCGUCAUGAACCUCCUGCCCUGACUAAUGAAAUGUAUUGUUUGAUUGUGACAAUCCAGUCACAUGAGGAGACAGUGGCCAAAGAUGUUAAGCUUACAGCAGGUUUAAAGCCAGGGCAAGAUGCCAACCUGACACAGAAAACUCAGGUGACUCUUCAUGGAACAGACACGUGUGAUGACUCCUUUCCUGCACUGCUUCCUGAUAUCCCCAUAGGGGACUUGCAACCAGGGGAAAAGAUAGAAAAACCAAUAUACAUUCGUUGUGGAACUGUUGGCGCAAGGAUGUUUCUGGUCUAUGUUUCUUACUUAAUCAACACUACUGUUGAGGGGAAAGAAAUUCUCUGCAAGUGCCACCGGGAUGAAACUGUAACUAUAGAAACAGUGUUUCCUUUUGAUGUUGCUGUGAAAUUUGUCUCCACAAAGCUGGAGCACUUGGACAGAGUCUUCGUAGAUAUACCGUUUUUACUGAUGACAGACAUCCUGAGUGCCUCUCCUUGGCCCCUCACUAUUGUAACCAGCCAGCUACAGCUGUCAGCUUCCAUGACUCCAGUAGAUCAGCUGGAAUCUUACGUGGAGAACGUUGUUUUACAGACAGGUGAGAGUGCCAGUGAGUGCUUUUGCCUUCGAUGUCCUCCAGUCACUAAUGCUAGUGGAGUGGCAACUGGAUGUUACGUCAUUUCAUGGAAGAGAAGCUCACCUGUGGAAAGCGUGCCUGUUGUUAGUACAGUCAUCACUCUGCCUCAUGUGGUUGUAGAGACCAUUCCCCUCCAUGUUAACACAGAUCUACCCUCAUUUGGUCGAGUCCGAGAAUCCCUCCCUGUCAGAUAUCACCUGCAAAAUAAGACGAAUUUAGUCCAAGAUGUGGAGGUGUCAGUGGAACCAAGUGAUGCCUUCAUGUUCUCCGGCCUUAAACAGAUCCGAUUAAGAAUCCUUCCAGGCACACAGCAGGAGGUGUUAUACAACUUCUAUCCUCUGAUGGCUGGGUAUCAACAGUUACCAUCUCUUCAUGUUAACCUGCUGCGAUUCCCAAACUUCACUAAUCAGCUGCUCAGAAGAUUCAUACCUACACACAUUUUUGUAAAGCCUCAGGGUCGUCAAGCAGAUGACAACUCAAUUGCAGCUGCGUAACUUCGAGACUCGUACCUCUGCACUUAAAGGAAAGGAGAAGCUGCACAGAAUAUGUAAAACUUGCUUUGGAAACAUGGCUUUGAUCAAACCAUAAGAAUUUUAUUUUUAAAUUACACCUCUUAACAGAACUAAUGUUUAAAAAAACCUAGUCUUUCAUAGACUGUCUUUAAGGAAGAAACAUAGAGAAAACUUGGUGCUUUAUUUAACAGUAACGUUCUUUUGAAGUUAACUGUACGUCAAACUCUUAAAGGUAUUAUUUUAUAAGCAUAUUAAAUGUCUUGAAUGUUUAAGUGGAGAAAUGCAGAUUUACUUGACCAAAACCAAAAUACAUUUUCUUAAUUAACAGUAAGCUAAGUGCUAAGUUUGCACUUUUUACUGAGAUUUACAACACUGAAAAUGAUUAUUCUUUACAGAAAUGUGUUCUGUGCCACUUCUGUUGAGGAUAGAACACAGGUUAUGCAGUAGCAUAGCAAACUUCAAAUGAUUAACUCGUACUGUUGGAAUCAAGUGGCUUACUGGUCAUUUAAAACCAUAAAUCUAAAAGGCGCUGUUUCUUCUGGGCAAGCCAUACAUCUGAAUUUGAACUCAGCAACAGCUAGUCUAAUGAACAGAGAUUCGUUCAUAACAGGUGGACUAUCCAACCUCGACUUGAUGUGGCUUUGGAUUAUUUUUACCCACACAGCUUCCAGAUUAAAGACGUGUUUUGAUAGUCUCCUGGUGCGUGAAUUUAAAAAAAAAUAAAAAUAAAAAUCCUACUGUUGUACAGCUGCAGAUGAACUGGUGUUUAAAAUAGAGUAAAUCAUGUAUAUAUUUAAAAAUAAACAGAAAACUUCAGUUGUUUAACUUUCAGAAUAAUUACAUUUUGAUUGCUUGGAAAAUACCUUAUUUAUUGUCAAAGUGAAGUUCUAAUAAACAGCUUGUUACAGAGUA